AUGAAUGGACUGGUGGAUUUAAAUAAUAAGAGUUUAUCACAACCAGCAACACCACCACGAUCUUCUCCAAACACUACUAUUGAACAUUCUCGAUCACUUCCGAAUUCUAUCCUCCGAGGAAGUCGAAGAACAUCAAUAUACAGUAUUCCAUUACCACCUCAUGGAUUAUCCGAAGCUACUGCAUUUUUAUCACAACAACUACAACAUCAAACAAGUGAAAGAGGUAGAAGCAGGUCUAGACAUAGCACACAGAAUACCCCUUCAAAUCAUGGUUCGAUGACCCCCAAGCUGCGUCGAUCGGUAACCCCAAAUAGUCGAAUUUCUUUAACCCCCAUACGGUCGAGGCGUAGUAGUAGAAGAAGAUCUUCCAUUAUUAUAACCAAAACAGGAGAAAAGUUGUACGAACCAAACUAUCAAGGACCAAUUACUAUAGAUUAUUUGAAGUUUUUCUGUAAAACACUGAUCCAGAAUCAAGACAAGAUAAACCAACAGCAAUUGGGGGAACCAUUUGUUGAUACUCGUGAUUUGUUGACAUCUGAUCAAAGAAAUGAUAGGCGAAUUCCAGAAACAGAUAAUCACAUGAUUCAAGAAAAUGCAGGUAUUCUAUCACCAAUAGAGAAAAAUGAAUCAAAGUCACCUCUACAGAUACAAGAAGAAUUUAGUCAGUCUCUAAUAAUUCCAUCUGAUAAUGAAAAUAUUUUGGGAUCCUUCGAUGAAACGAAACAAGACGUAAAUGAUGUAUUGAAAGAGCAACAGAAUCACAUUGAUGAAGUACUGCAAGAUGAGAAAGUGUCCCCUGAAAAACCCAAACCGUUGUCAUAUUUACAAAAGAUUUUGUUGGCGAAAAGCAAAAAGAGCUCUUUGAUUAGCAGGAAAACAUCUGACGAAACACCAACCAAAGAAACUGUUCCCAACUUGAAUGAUCCUAAAUCUUACAACGAGAAUGAUAUACUGGCUGAUGAUAAAGGAAAACCAGAUACCCAGUUUGAACAGGAUAACAGUGAAAUCAUUGACAAGAUUGAUCAUUUUGCCAUUCAAGAUAAUUUCAAGAUUUCAAAUUCGAUAUUUCCCGAUUGGAGGAAUAACUCGGAAAGUGCUAGUGCAGCAGCAAUAUCUAACACACUUUCAAAUAUCGAAAAUACUGAAGAACCUUCAAAAGAUGUUUUUAAUGAUUUGGAGCCUGCUGAGAAUAGCCAGAUAGCUACGACUAAUGAUUCCGUAAACGAUUAUGAUUCUCAUGAAAGAGGCAAGGAGGAUCGACUACCUGAAACUGGAUCGUCUUCUUCUGACAGUAAUGGUCAACAAAGUGAAACUGUUGAAUUGGCUAAGCCUCAAUCUGGUGAAUUGAAUCUGAUAGAAACUGAAAAUGAAGGGUCUAAUGAAAUUGACUGGAACUUACAAGAACCGGAUUUUGCAUUGAUGGAUGAUGAAGGGCCACUGCGGGAGCCAACGCCAACAGAUGAAAUUGAAGAGAUUCGUGAAUCACAUGAGUCUUUUUCUCAGGAGGAUGAUGUCACUCCUCCGCUGACUAAUGCACAAGAAGGUGGCUCACUGUCAAUGGCAAAUGAUCAAGUCACUCCCGAAAACUCGAUUAUUUCCAAUCAACCGUUGGUGGAGGAAGAAGCUUUGGAUGCAUCAGAGAAAGAAAUUAUCCAAGAGGAAUUUUUCGUUGAUAAUGACCAACUGGCAUCUAUAUUUGAAGGAAUAGACGACAAUAUUGGAGAUGAAGAAGAAACAACAGAUGAUAAUAUUCAAGAAUCUGAAGUUGAACGUGCUUUAGUCAAUAGGGCACACUUGGCUCGUAUUAUACCACAGAAAAGAAAGCAAUCUCCAAUACCAUCAACAGGGGUGGAUGUUACUAUCAGAGAUGUCUCCUACAUUGUGAAAUCCAUUCAAGCACACAAUUCUUUAAGCACAAGCUUGUCCCUGAGGAAGAAAUUCAAAAAGCCUAAAUCGUUACUGAAAGAAAUAGUAAAGUCAAUUCAAGAAAAAUCAAAUGAGUUUCUCGAUACAUUAAUGGAUGAUUUGAAAGGUUAUGCCGAACAUCGACAAUCGCAAACGGUGGAUAUGAAGGAUGUAUUAUUAUAUUUACAAAGAAUAAACUUUGCUGGCAAGGGUAAUUCUUCAAAUGAAACUGAUAUUAACCGAAUUUCUGAAUUGGCUCAAAAGUUUUUGCCAUUAGAAAACUUAAUUGCAUUGGAUAAUGAUUUAUGCGAUACUGUAUCUCCGCAAAAGAAAAGACAAAAAUGA